UCCUUCGCGAGGCGAAGACAAAAAGCAAAGCAUGAACAUCGACGCACGAGGUGCUGUCUACGUCCACACUCGGAUCCAGGGACACACUCGGAUGCUUUGAUGGCCACACAGAUGUCGUGAUCUAACUCGGGCUCAAUAACGGUUGCUGCAAACGCUCCCUUCCAGCCAGCCGCAGGGAUGGUCGUGGGACGAGCUGCACGAGGUGGUGCCUCGACGCUGCACUCUGCCUUCGGACCGAGAGGACUAGAGGCUCACAGCAAAUUCAAACGUGCAACAGCGCCGGCGGAAUGGCAUAGAGAGGCUCACAUUAGCACAAGAAGGCGUCUGAUGCUGCCACCUAUUCGAGGACUACCGACAGGAGCAUCUGUUCCGUUGCGCCAGCCCACCCCUGCGUCCUCGCGAUGGUACGCCAGCGAUGCCGACCAAAGCAUCGCUUCUGCAAGUCAGCAGCCUCCCACGCCGCCUCCAGCAUCCACCUUCUCGGCUCUGCCCGUCACUUCGUUCAGCAUCAUCGCGCAUAUAGAUCACGGAAAGAGCACACUGGCGGAUAGACUUUUGGAGCUCACGGGCUGCAUACCUGCCGGUCGAGGCAACAAGCAAUUCUUGGACACGCUCAAGGUUGAGAGGGAGAGGGGCAUCACGGUCAAGAGUCAGGCGGUCAGCAUGGUCUGGAAUGGGUGCUUGCUGAAUCUGAUAGAUACGCCCGGCCACGUGGAUUUCGCUUAUGAAGUCAGCAGGAGCCUUUCAGCUUGUCAGGUGGCACUUCUGGUCGUCGAUGCUUCUCAGGGCAUCCAGUCUCAAACGCUGUCUGUGCUCCGCAUCGCGAGAUCGCGCAACCUUCUCAUCAUUCCGGUCCUCAACAAGAUCGAUCUGCCCGCUUCAGAUCCGGAACGAGUAUUAGACCAACUCACGGAGUUGGGGCUUGACGUAGGGCCAGGAGGCAAAGAGGAGGCCAUCAACGUCAGCGCAAAGACGGGAGCAGGCGUAGAUAAAGUGCUAGAGAGACUGGUGCUGCAAGCGAGAAGGCGCGACGAAGAGCUCGCCGAACGCCAGCCUUUGAGAGCUCUAGUGUUCGACUCGUGGUACGACUCGUACAAGGGCGUUGUGGCGCUGGUGGCCAUCUACGACGGUGUUCUGAGGAAGGGAGACCGUAUCUGCUCGUCUGCCACCGGAAAGCGUUACGAGAUUCUGAACGCUGGUGUCAACAGCCCGACCGCAAACUCCACGAACGAGCUGCGGACGGGACAGGUCGGAUGGGUGAUGAUGAAUAUGAAAGUGCUGGAGGAGGCCAUGAUCGGAGACACUCUCCAUCACGCGAAUGCUCGAGUCGAGCCUUUGGAGGGCUUCAAGCCGACUGUGCCCAUGGUCUUUGCAGCUGCCUUUCCACUGGACACGACGGAUUUUCCAAAGUUGGAGGACGCCAUCACUCGCUUAGCGCUCAAUGAUCGAAGUGUCACAGUGGCCAGAGAGUCGAGCAUGGCUCUAGGCCAGGGCUGCCGUCUGGGCUUUCUUGGCACCCUACAUCUCGACGUGUUCCGUCAGAGACUUGAAGACGAAUACGGUCAAACGAUCUUGGUCACCGCUCCAACCGUGCCUUUCAGACUCACGACCAAAGACGGGAAGCAGACACACCUCAACAAUCCCACGGAAUUUCCCGAAGACACGAGCAAAGGUGGCUCCUACGCGGAAAUAGCCGAGCCUGUGGUGAAAGGCACGCUGAUCUGCCCUGAAGAGCAUGUGGGUCCAAUGAUGGAGCUUUGCGCCGAGCAUCGGGGCGAAGAGCUUGACUGUGUCUUUGACGACACGUCCUACGGCGACUCUCGCGAGGUGCGCAUGGUCUACCGCCUGCCUUUGGCAGAGAUCGUUACAGACUUCUUUGGCAAGCUCAAGUCUCGCUCCAGCGGAUUUGCCGCGUUUGAGUACGAGGAUGAUGGAUAUAUGGCCUCAGAUCUUGUGAAGCUUUCUUUCCUGAUCAAUGGUACUCCAGUGGAUGCUUUGGCAAAUGUCAUUCAUCGUUCAAAGGCCGUAGCAGCAGGUAGAGAUAUGGCUUCACGAUUGAGAGAGAAAAUUCCUCGCCAGCAAUUUGAGAUCGCGAUUCAAGCGAUCGUCGGUGCCAAGGUCAUUGCGCGCGAGACGGUCAAGGCGUACAGACGAGAUGUGACAGCUGGUCUGUAUGGCGGGCACUACGAGCGCAAGCUCAAACAUCUCACCAAACAAAAGGAAGGCAAGAAGCGCCUUCGAGAGAUGAGCUUCGGACGCGUUCAAGUGCCUCAAGAUGCUUUCCUCUCAGUCCUUGACACACGACCUAAGGCCAAGUGAUCUCACCAAGAGAUGUCAUCUGAUCGGUGAAGCAAGGUUAUUACACGGUGAUAGUCUCUUGUAGAUGUACGGAGAAAGUAAUUCAGAAUUUCGGGAGUGUAGCGAAGAAGCGGACUAAGAUUUUCAAGGUGUAUGGUAAUCUUGCGGAACGACGCACAUCGAGGCACUCUAAAAAGCACUCUUCGUCCCAGAGAAACGUCCAUGUUGUGCGGCACAAGGUGGCUCGAAGGCACUCUAAGGGGGUGCUGUUGUGUUGGGGGUACCGUUCGUGAUUUGCGCGCCUGCGGCAAGGAUCCCACACAGAGGUCGAGUAUCAGCGCGCGUGCCUCACCUGCCAUCUGCGGGCUACCCAUGUUCUCACCUCUUGAACACGUGGUGCGGUAUUCGUCUGGGGUGCGCGCCUUGGCGACCGCGGAGGGAUGCACGCUACGGACCGAGAUCAAGAGCAUGCCGUCGGGUCAGCAAAGCGCUACACUACCUUGUAAUCGAAUGCGUAC